AUAAAUUCAUAACACCACACACCUAACAAAAAGGACCCAAUAUUUACAUCUUUAUCUACUUCCAAUCAUUCCCCUUUCCAACAAUCCCAAACCCAAAACAAUUUGGGACUCAAUCCUGUUCCCUCAAUGGAACCCUAAAUCAAUUCUGCAAAAUCCCCAAAAAUCCCAAUCAUCAACGACAAACUGCAAAUUACUCUUCAAUUCACUACUCUCACUAAUGCAUCAACUCCAAAAAAUCUGUACUUCAACACUGCUAUGGAUAUUGUUGAUUGGGUUAGGAUUCAGUUUUGGGGAUGCACUGAAAAUGCCAUUUAGGGUAAAGGAUGUACUCCCUGUAUUGCCACGUGAGGUUUCGUGGCCUGUACUUAAUACUCUCCAUAGUCCAGUUGAUUUGUUGCCCACUUACAUUGGAUCACUUGCUCCCAAUAAUGGGUCAAUUAGUUGGAAAGGAGCUUGCUUUUUUCAGAAUGAAGCUAGGGUUGAGUUUACGGGCCGAGAUGAUCGCGGCAUUGGCGGCGCCACUAUCUAUCUCUCGACAGGCGCAGCACACAGCUGGACGUGUAUGGAUCUGUAUGUAUUUGCUACACCUUAUAGGAUAACCUGGGACUACUACUUUUCGGCCCACGAUCACACAUUUAAAAUUGAGUCAUGGGAGGAACCUGCUGAAAUGGAAUAUGUCAAGCAACAUGGAAUCUCUGUGUUUCUCAUGCCAUCAGGGAUGCUCGGGACCUUGCUUUCGUUGGUGGAUGUACUACCCCUGUUUUCUAACACAGCAUGGGGCCAGAAUUCUAACCUCGCUUUUCUGAAGAAGCGCAUGGGAGCAACAUUCGAGAAACGCCCACAUCCGCGGACAACAAUUAACCCAAAUGAUGUUCAUUCUGGUGAUUUCUUAGCUCUUUCAAAGAUUCGUGGACGGUGGGGUGGGUUUGAAACUCUUGAGAAGUGGGUCACUGGUGCCUUUGCUGGUCAUACAGCAGUUUGUUUGAAGGAUGAGUUGGGUAAUCUUUGGGUUGGUGAAUCUGGACAUGAAAAUGAAAAGGGUGAAGAAAUUAUUGCGGUUAUCCCUUGGGAUGAAUGGUGGGAAUUGACACUUAAGGAUGAUUCUAAUCCACAAGUUGCUUUGUUGCCGUUACAUCCUGAAGUGCGUGCGAGAUUUAAUAAUACCGCAGCAUGGGAAUAUGCUCGGAAAAUGUCCGGGAAACCAUAUGGUUACCAUAACAUGAUUUUUAGUUGGAUUGACACAGUAGCUGAUAAUUACCCUCCACCUCUUGAUGCUCACUUGGUGAUUUCUGUCAUGUCUAUGUGGACAAGAGUGCAGCCAGCAUAUGCUGCUAACAUGUGGAAUGAAGCUCUGAAUAAGAGACUUGGCACUGAGGAUUUGGACUUGUAUGGUAUUCUUGCUGAAACUGAAAAGCGUGGGAUAACAUUUGAUCAAUUGCUGACCAUCCCAGAACAAGAUGAAUGGGUCUACAGUGAUGGGAAAUCCACUACAUGCGUGGCCUUCAUUCUAGCAAUGUACAAAGAAGCAGGAGUUUUUGGCCCUAUUUCCAACUCUAUUCAAGUAACGGAGUUCACUAUAAAAGAUGCAUACACGCUUAAAAUUUUCGAAGAUAAUCAGACACGCCUUCCGAGUUGGUGCAACAGCGGAGACAAUAAGGUCUCUUUCUGCCAGAUUCUUGGCGAAUACCAAAUGGAACUGCCCCAGUACAACACAUUGGAGCCAUAUGCCAACAUGAAUGAGAACUGUCCUUCUUUACCUCCAAAUUAUGAGAGGCCCAUGCGUUGUUGAAUUUGGACUAAACUUGAGUAUCAGUAUAUCCCACGGAAUCUAGUUGGGUUGCUAUUGGUUAAGCAUGUAUCAGAUUAUCUACUAUGUUUGUUCUUCCGUUUUCACAUGAAAUAUCAAUCUUUGUAUAUAGUUCAUGCAAAUUGUAGCUUCUCAGAUGUUUAAGCCUAUGAUGGAUAUGAUAGAUGGGAAAUAAUGUAGAAUAAGUUAUGGACUCAACGCCUCGGAGUCUUGUUCUGAUAUCUGUUCGUUGUAGAUAGAUGUAUGUGAGUUGGUGAAUCUUGACUUGAAUGUGGACUAAAUGUUAGAGCAAUGAUUUCCCGGCUGUA